CGGGUGACAGGGGCGGAGAAUGGGCGGCUACCACAGAGCCACUCGUUGAAAGCUGUCCAAUUACAGCAGAGGCUGAGCUGAGUGACGGGCAGACGGCGCAAUGGGCAGCGCGGAGGCGGAGCUGUGGGGGCGGGUUCCCGGGCCCGCUGGCCGCCGGCGGCGGGCGGGCGACUCCUGUCCCGAGUGGAGGCGGCGGAGCCAGAGCCGGGGGAGGGGGCAGCGGCUGUCUGACGGACCGCGGCGGCGCCCGCAGCUCCUCACUGCAGCACCCCCACUACAGGCCCGAGGCGCUUUCCGGAGCUUCCCACACUUCUGGGGAGAAGACUUCUUAGCCAGCUUGAUGUUUAAAAUUCAGCUGGAGCCCUUAAAACUUCGAGCGUGGACGCUGAAUGGGUUUGUAAAGUUUCGAAACAAGGACACCAGUGCCGGUCCAGUGGCUGUGAUGGGAAAGGAUUACUACAAGAUUCUUGGGAUCCCCUCGGGAGCCAAUGAGGAUGAGAUCAAGAAAGCCUAUCGGAAGAUGGCCUUGAAGUACCACCCAGAUAAGAACAAAGAACCCAACGCUGAGGAGAAGUUUAAGGAGAUUGCAGAGGCCUAUGACGUGCUGAGUGACCCUAAGAAACGGGGCCUGUAUGACCAGUAUGGGGAGGAAGGCCUGAAGAGCGGCGGCGGUUCAUCAGGGGGCUCCAGUGGCUCCUUUCACUACACCUUUCAUGGGGACCCCCACGCCACAUUUGCCUCCUUCUUUGGCGGCUCCAACCCCUUCGAUAUCUUCUUUGCCAGCACUCGCUCCACUCGUCCCUUCAGUGGCUUUGACCCAGACGACAUGGACGUGGAUGAAGAUGAGGACCCAUUUGGCUCCUUUGGCCGCUUUGGGUUCAAUGGGCUGAGUAGGGGUCCAAGGCGAGCCCCAGAACCACUGUACUCUCGGCGCAAGGUACAGGACCCACCUGUGGUGCAUGAGCUGAGGGUGUCCCUGGAGGAAAUCUACCACGGCUCCACCAAACGCAUGAAGAUCACAAGGCGGCGCCUCAACCCUGACGGGCGAACUGUACGCACCGAGGACAAGAUCCUGCACAUUGUCAUCAAGCGUGGCUGGAAGGAAGGCACCAAGAUCACCUUCCCCAAAGAGGGCGAUGCCACACCUGACAACAUCCCUGCUGACAUCGUCUUUGUGCUCAAAGACAAGCCCCAUGCACACUUCCGCCGAGAUGGCACCAACGUGCUCUACAGUGCCCUGAUCAGCCUCAAGGAGGCACUGUGCGGCUGUACCGUGAACAUUCCCACCAUUGAUGGCCGAGUGAUCCCUUUGCCCUGCAAUGAUGUCAUCAAGCCAGGCACCGUGAAGAGACUCCGUGGGGAGGGCCUUCCCUUCCCCAAGGUGCCCACCCAGCGGGGAGACCUCAUUGUCGAGUUCAAAGUUCGCUUCCCAGAUAGAUUAACACCACAGACAAGACAGAUCCUUAAGCAGCACUUACCGUGCUCCUAGGCCCUGCCCCAGCCAGCCCAGAGCCUUCCACAGCAAUAGCCCCACACUCACCCCACCCAUUGUGCACCCAGCUUGAUGUCCACUGGACACUAGCAACUCUUUCUAAA